AUGUCUUACCAUCGACCCUCGUCCCCAGGAAGCCGCCGUUUGGCUCAUCCGGCUCGACUGUCGGACGGCUACUAUCCUGCACCCACCUCCGCCGCCUAUGCUUCGCCCAGGUCCAGUGGUGAGCGCAUUGUGCCCAUCUCGACGACCUCCUUCGUCACACGAGACGCCUACUCGGGCAGACCGCGUCGUUCGACCUUGACCGAUCCCUCGCGUCCCACUGCACUUCCUACCACCACCAUUACCAGCAAUCCAAACAUCCCCGUGCACCCGCGCAGCCGCCCUGCCGUCGUCCAAUCCUCACACGAUCGUCCGCAUAGCCCAUCGAGCCCGCAUGUCUAUGCUACUCGCACUCCCGACUACUCCACGUCGCACAGAGAUCACUCUCACAAGAAGCUGUACAGCAUCGACGGCGGCGGCAAGUCGCGUCUUGUUGCCGACAUAGACAUCAACACAAGCCAUGGCUCCUCGCACCGCCGCAACAGUGUCGACCGCACCUCGGACCGUCACUCGUCCUCGCAUCACCGUCACAAGGCCUAUCAUCUCAGCGGUCCCUCGGCUAGAAAGACCGACCCCGACCAGGGCUUCUCUUACACCGAUCCGGCUGCCAUGUAUAGAGAUACAGAACCCCGUUGGCGUCACCGCGCGGGCAGUGUCGAAACAACUCGUCCUAGACCCUCCAGUGCGCUGAUCGAGCCGUACCCUCCCCGUUCGGUUCCUCGAGAUGCUGGCCCGCCUACAUCGCGUGCUCUCGACAAGUUCAAUGACGGGGCCGGUCGCACCAACAGCACGCGAGAGCCUCCUCGAUCAUCCAACAGAUUGUCCUACCAAGAGCCUCAAUACAACGAUGGUUAUACUUCCUCGUCCAAUCGCCAUUCCACUGCCGUCCAUCAAGACCGUACAAGGGACGUCCAUCCAAGGGAUUCCGAGCGUGCGCGCCCGGUGCAUCGCUAUGAAGACCGUAGUGUGGAGCGUAGAGGUUUUGGCAUUCGCAGCGGAAGCCAGGACAGAUACAACCAUAUCAUGAAUAAGGAUAGCAACGAAAGCUUCGAUGCUUACUAUUCAGAUCGCGACCACGCUCCACCUCGCAGCGACCCUCGCGCUUACGAAUACCCAAAAGAGUCCGAUCGCGACCGCGAGUACCGUCCAAGGGACAGGGAUCGAUUGCGAGACGACGGUUACGCUUCCGAAAGAGACCGACACCACGAUCGAGACAGGCGAGACCGCGAUCGUCGAGACCGUGAACGAGACGUUCCUCCUAGAGGUAGCGGCGAUAGCCUCACCAACACACUCCUGCCCGCCGCCGCCACCGCUGCGAUUGGCGGUCUUGGUGCUAUGGCUGCCGCUGCCUACGGCUCGGACAGUACUGCCAAAGGCCGUGAUCGCGAGUACGAAGACCGUGAUCGAGAAAGAGAAAAGAACAAAGAUAGAGAACGGGAGCAGCGCGAGCGAGAACUAGAGUAUGAGCGAAAGCAGAGAGAGCGUGAGCGGGAUCUCAAGGAGCGUGAACGUGAGAAGCGUGAGCGUGAAAGAGGUCGCGAGAGAGAUGCGGAGAGGGACAGCGAGAGAGAGCGAGACAGGCUUCAUGAUUGCGAGACACGCACUCGAGACCGGCCGCGCGAGAGAGAAAGGGAUAGACCUAGACAAUCUUCAUCCUCUGACAGCGGCCAAGAGAAGCACAGAAGUUCAAGACGCCACCGCACACUUGGAGCAGAUGCAUCACCGCCACAAGAGCAUGACAUAAGGUUUGUGCCCGAUGAGCGACAACGUGGCCCGGAGCCUGAUCACAUCCACCUGCCCGAGGAGCGUCAGCGCGCUCCUGAGCGCGAUUAUCCCGCGCCCGCUGAGCCUGCGCUUGACAUCGAUCCUGACGAAGACUAUCGUCGACGUAUUGAGCAAGCUCAGAGAGACCUGCACGGUUCGCAUGACAAUGCAAGCUCAGACAGGGAAAGACGGCCAAAUGGUGUCGAGUCUGUACCCAAUAAGAUUGCACCGUCUACUAUCGCAGUCCCCGGCGAGUGGCCGGAAAGCACUACUAGAGAGAGUCGAGUUCGCAUUGUUGAGCCUCCAUCCGACAAGGAAGAGGCACAGCGGGUCAGAGGUAUCCUCAAAAGACCUACUCAAAAAUUUCCUGAGGACCCUAACCCAGUGCGCGAAGGCGUUGCACCACUGAAAGAGACCACCAAAGAGGGCAUUCCUGCAGGCGCUCGCUGGACAAAAAUUGAUCGACGUCUUGUCAACCCACAAGCCCUCGAGGAAGCACAAGAACGCUUUGAGGAACGUCUAGAUUGUGUCAUUGUACUUCGAGUCCUGACUAAAGACGAGAUACAAAAACUUGCCGAUAAAACAUUGGAGAUUAGAGAAGCCCGCUCAUAUGGCGAUGAAGAUCGCGAACGCCGCGAACGUCGUGAACGUCGCCGACAGGAACGUGAACACGAGCGACGCGACCGCGACGAGUACGAAGACGAAGAUAGCGAAGACGAAUACGCCCCUCGCGAACCACGCAUGCUUGAAGCACCCGCCGACGAUCAGGAACCUACGGCAGACUUUGUACGCGACCGAGAAAGACGCAGAGAGCGAGAACGGGAACCUACAUAUGCUUCCGGCGCGCUUUGA